CAAUUUCUUUCAUUUUGGUUUUGUAAAGCCGAUGCACCAGGAUAACCAAUGUCACUUGUCAAAAACGUUUCUUUCAUUCUAGACUUAAUCUGACAAGUGUUUCUUUUGCCUCACUCAAGCCGCCAAAACCGAAAUAAAAUUACAUUUGUCAGUAAAAUCAAUUAGUUACUUGGUACAAUUUAACAUCUCCCAGCAUCACGUAAAAGACGCCGAAGGGAAUAUAAGUGAUUUAUUUGUGGCUGUGAUACGUUUAGCCAAACAAUGUUCUUACAAAGAUGACGGCUGUCACGUAAGUUUAUUCUAACAGGGGAAAAAAAAAAUAGCGUAAUUCUAAUUCUGCCCCGGUUGAAUGAAAACCAGAAAGCGAAGAUGCAGACCGGCCGCGCGUGUGUUAUUGUGAUAAUAUUGUGACUGCACCUGCAAACAGUUGGUUUAAAGUACAUUUGGAAGAUCUAUUAAUUUUAACAGAAGACACUAAUAAGAUGAUUGUACAGAGCCACAAAAUGUGCUAAUGGAAGCUUUAACAAAUACGUCAAAUCGAAAAAUGAUAAUAGCAAAAAUAAUAAAGAAAAAAUUCUAACCAACAAGAAGGCUUUCCAAAACCGUGAUUGGGUAAUUGUACAAAAAGAAGAAAAUAUUCGACGUUCUAAGCUCGCAUGAAAUAAGUUACAAGAAAGAUAAAUUGCUAUUUUUAUUUUUGAUUCACCGCUGAUUAUUAAAAUGGGCAAGAAACGCGCAAUAUUUCAAUCUACAUUAAGACCUGUUUAUCGCGUUUUGAAUAUACCGAAAAUAUGUGUAUUUAAAUUAAAAGAUUAAAAAGGUGGAAGAUUUAGAAAUUUGACAACUUAGCAGUAAGCAAAAGAGACGUGUCUAAUAGCCCUUCACUCAAGGUUUUUAGUUUAUUAGCUAAUCAACCCUGGGAUCGAAAUAAAAUAUAUUUUACAGGAAGUUCAAGCCAAUUUGAGGCGAUUUUUAUUGGUUUCUUUACGUCUCACGUGAUCACUCGACAAAAUACGGAUCUUACAACUUCUUUUGUGGCUGUGUUUUACAAAGGGGGACAAUUAGCACUAAAAAUGCCAAGUGCAAAGGAUAUCGUGCAACAAUGGCUGGCAUCUUUUACAUUCAUGAAUAUGGGAAUAUUGUUAACAGUUACUGAAACUCAUACAGCACUGUGACUUUGAAUUCACACCACUACGACCGAAGCAGGUUUCAUCAUGCGUCGGUUUCACAGCACUGGAGUUUCCUCGCUUCCUCUUGGUGUUUUUUAGCCACAAGUCGGCGGGAAUUUUUCAGUUUGAUAAUGGCAACAAACGGUGAGGUCGAGGACAGUGGCAAUCGCCUUGUUAUCAACGUGAGUGGAGCUAUCUUUGAAGUAAGCGAGAGUAAGUUGGAUCAUUUUCCGCAGUCUUUACUCGGUUGCCCUCAAAAGAGACGAAAAUACUUUGAUUCGCAUCGAGAGGAGUAUUUUUUCGACCGCCACCGGCAAGCUUUCGAGGGGAUAUUGUUUUACUAUCAGAACGAAGGGAGAUUAAUUUAUCCGGACAAUGUGCCCGCCGAAGUGUUUGAUGAAGAAGUUAAGUUCUUUAUGCUCCCCGUUGAGCCAGACAGCUGUGAAAAGUUAGAAAAGGCAUUACUGGGAGAUCGUAACCGCUCUCGCCCGCUAAACGUUUGGCAAAGAGUGCUGUGGGAGUUGUUUGAAUUUCCAAAUUCAUCCUUGGCUGCCAAAAUGUUAGCAGUUCUCUCGCAGGUGUUUAUUUUGGUAUCCUUGGCAGGUUCUUGCUUAAGAACUGUUGAAUCGCUUCAAACCAAGCAUGUAAGGGAGGCGAAAAACUACCAACAACAUAACACGUCCGCAGUUUACUCCGAAACAAAAUCAGCUGGGUCGUCAAGACUACACGAAGAUGAAUGGUUUUCAUUCGACCUUGUUUGCUAUAGCUGGUUUACUUUAGAAUGCGCUGUGCGAUUGCUCGCCUCUCCAAAUAAAGGCGAAUAUUUUAAAUUGCUCCCAAACUGCGCUGAUUUUGGGACGAUCCUAGUUUUUUAUUUAAAGCUUAUCGUGAAAAUGAGCUGGCCUUCAGCGAGGACACUCGUGCGCUUAUUGGAGACGUUGACGGUCAUUCGCAUUUUAAAACUCUUGCGUUAUUGGGAAGGAAUGAAAAUUCUCGUGUUCACUGUUGUAUCAGGCAUUCGCGAUCUGGGCCUUUUGGUAACGUUCGCCACAACUGUGGUUAUUUUGGGAUCUAGCGCUGUGUUCUUUGUGGAACUUAACGAGGACGAAGAUAGCGACUUUGAGAGUAUUCCUGACGCGUUUUGGUGGGCAAUCAUUACAAUAUGUACUGUUGGUUAUGGCGAUAAGGUUCCCGCCACGACAAUGGGAAAGUUUUUGGGCGCUAUUUGCGCUGUACUCGGCACAGUUACUGUGGCGCUUCCAUUGUUUCGUUUCGCGGCUCAUUUUCGCACAAAAAUCGAAAACUCCACUUAUAUUCAAUCUUCUCGCGAUCGAAAUCCCAGAAGGUCGACAAGAAAAAGUCGGUAAAAUCAUCCUUCAAUUCAACAGCGCGUUGAGGUUUGAGAGCUUUAAUAAAGCCACAAAAUCGACGUAAUUCGAAAGAGUCGAACACCUGAAGCAAGAGUAAUUAGUAAAGGGUACAUUAUGGCAAGAAGAAAAAAAAGUUAUUAAUUACACAAGAAAUUUGAGUUGUGAACAAAUUGACAGGUCACCUUGUACAUGUAUUCAUGAAUUACUAUCGAGUUAGUCAUUUUUCGGGAAGAAAGUGACAGAUUGAAUAAAUUAUAUCGAAAUUAUGAGUAUUUUUUUUUAUAACAUUCUCAAAUUUCUUGUUUUUCCUGAGAUAAAAUUAAGACGAGAAAAAUUAAAGGAGGAGAGAAAACAACCAAGCAAAAUGAAAUUAUCUCAUUGCCAUACAAGGAAAAAAUUAAA